CUCCAGCUGGUCGCCGUCGUCGUCUUCCUCCUCUGCCCUGCCCACUUCUCUCUCUCUCUCUCUGUCUCAGCAUCAGCGCCUCCUCCCGCUGCUCCUGCUCGUUUCCUGAUCCCUCCACCUCCAGCUCGGCCUCCGGCCAAGAUGAACUCAGACCUCGUGUGCCUUGGAACCAUGGAGUACGGUCUGUGCUCCAGCGGCGGUUUCAUGUGGCCGUCCUGUCCCGCAGCUGCCGCCUGUAGCUUGAACAAGCAGCUCUAGUGCAUCCAUCGAGCCGGGCCGAGUUCCCCUUCUGCUGCUUCGGCCUUUGGGGGCGAGGGACAGCCAAGGAGCCAAUUUGGAAAGACAGCAACAGCAAUGGAGGGAGCUGGUUUCCAGUGACACACGCCAUGGAUCCCCAGCCAUUUGUGAGGCUGUCAGUUGGACAGCUUGGUCUGAAGCUCCCUGGUGGAAAUGCUAGGAAGGUGGUCCGGCUCUGUCACUGCGAAAUCCGGCUCGGAGGGUUCCCGGUUCAGACAGCUCCUGUGCCCCUGAUCCAUUCUUCAGAGUUCAACCUUGAUCCCUUCACAAAUGCGGCGGUCUUCUCCCUCGACGAGGCUGACCUCAAGGCGCUGGCGACACCGGGGUGGUUCCGUGCCCCUCGGCCAUACCUUGAGAUCGCGGUGUACCUGGGCUGGUUUGGUGCGCAUUGCGGCAUCGCCGGGAGGAAGCGGCUGGUCGGGAUGUUCAGGGUGGAGAUCGGGUCGGAGUGGCGUGAGGGGAAGCCUGUGCUGCUUCACCAUGGAUGGACAGGCAUUGGCAAGGGGGAGUCCAGGCCGGAGCUGCACCUGAGGGUGAAGCUGGAGGCUGACCCCAGGUACAUCUUCCAGUUUGAUGAUGAGAUCGCGCUGAACCCGCAGGUUGUCCAGCUUCAUGGCAGCAUCAGGCAGCCCAUUUUCAGCUGCAAGUUCAUCCGCGAUAGGCGGCGGCCGUCUCAGAUUGAUCCGUUGGGUAGGCAGUACUGGUCGAGCUCCGGCAGCGAGGAGCAGGACAUGGAGAUGAGGAGGGAGAGGAAGGGCUGGAAGGUGGUUAUCCACGACCUGUCCGGCUCCGCCGUCGCCGCGGCAUUCAUGGCCACCCCGUUCGUGCCGGCGACGGGCUGCGACACGGUGGCGCGGUCCAACCCCGGCGCGUGGCUCAUCGUCCGCGCGGACACGACGGGGUCGUCGGAGAGCUGGCAGCCGUGGGGUCGGCUCGAGGCGUGGCGGGAGGCGGCGCCGGCGGUGGCGAGCAAGGACACGGUGCGCCUGCGGCUGAACCUCCUGCCAGAGCGCCAGGACGACUGCGUGCUCGUGUCGGAGGUGCCCCUGAGCAGCAACAAGGGCGGGGAGUUCUUCAUCGACUUGGACAGGCAGGCGCCGGCCGCGUCCCUGGUGGCCGGCGCCCCCGCGGCGGAGCACUGCGCGGUGAGCCUGGGCGCCGCGUGCGCGGGCAGCGGGUUCGUGAUGAGCUGCAGGGUGCAGGGGGAGGCGAAGAGCAGCCGGCCGCUCGUGCAGCUCGCCAUGCAGCACGUCACGUGCAUGGAGGACGCCGCCAUGUUCGUCGCGCUCGCCGCGGCCGUCGACCUCAGCGUCAAGGCGUGCCGGCCGUUCCGGAGGAAGGCCGCCAAGAAGUCCGACUCGCUGUCUUUCGAUCCCCUCGAGGCCGACACGUAGAAGCAGAGCUAUACUACUACUACUACUACACUUCACAGCUCAGGAAGCACCAAACUAGCAUCCAUGGCCAUGGAAUCCAUCUAACUAACUCUGUAAAUCCACUUGCUUUCAAGAACUGGACCGAAUCACUUGCAAUAAUCACAACUCUGUUGUUUUAAUCCA